ACUGUGACUCUGCUGCGGAGACCAGAUGUGGACAUAAUGUUAGAUGUGUACGCUAGGCGUUGAGCAGAGUGGGGUGGCCACUGCUAAAGCUUUAGCUCUCAAGGGAAAAGUAGGUCUGUGGGCAGGCAUCAUCACACAGCAUAUACAAACACCGAUUAUCGAUAAGCCUAAUGGUUACUACAGUAGGCCAAUAAGCGUCAUCCUAAAUUCCAUGACUGUCACAGCCCUAACGCUGAAGGCGUGAGAAUUGGAACAAGUUAUCUUGUGCAACUUAGCCUGCCUGUACAUACAUGUCUGUGUGUGAGUCAGUGGCUUUAUAGAAUACCACAGUCUAUUGGCCUCUACUCUGCCAGAACGGCCUGCGUUGGCCCAGCGCUUUACACAAGUUAACAAAGCACAGGAAAUCAGCAGAGUAGAGACAAUGAAAUUAAGAUUACUAGCACACAGACAAGUCACUGUGGUCCUGUUUGUGUGUGUGUGGUGUGUGUGUGUGUGUGUGUGUGUGUGUGUGUGUGUGUGUGUGUGUGUGAGGAAUAUGCUGUGCUCUUUCACCAGCUCAGCUUUAUCUUGUUCCGUCUUUUAAGCAGUAAAUCAGUGGGGACUACAACAGCUCCUGCUCUGUCCUUUCACUCAGGUAGUGGGUGCAGCAAGCAGGAUUCACGCCCAUGAUUCAGACUCCCACGACAGGGAGAGUGACAUCAUCCGAGGGUAAACACACUCUCUGUCGUUAGGUAGGAAGAGGUGGAGGAAAGAAAGAAGGAAACAAAACUCCACCUGGUCGUCUCUAUACACUCACCUCACCUGGGUUACUUCGUCAGAGGAGACUUUCUCAAACACACCUGCUGGGUCCUAGAAGGAAUAUACUUGUACUAUUGAACUGAACUUUGAGAAGAUAGAGGGAAGCACAGGAUCAAAUUGGCAAGGUCUACAGGACAUGAUAGGUACCCUCUACUGAGAAGGAUUCUAAGACUCGGCUUCGUCUCAGUUCAUCUCAGAAGUGAACCAAAGGACAUCUCAACAGGACCUGGUAAGAUGCCACUGACGACGUCUCUGUACCGUAAGCCAGCCUCUGCCCGCUGGUCCAGAAGGACACAGAAGCGCAGGGAGGUGCUCUCUGUCAACAUGAUCAGCCUCCCAUUGGCCGACUUCCGCCAUGUUUCCCACAUCGGGAACAACGACCACAGCGACAGCUUCGGGGACCUGUCCUUUCUGAAGAGGGGCAACAGCCUGGUGCUGCAGAGCUCUCAGAGUGAGCAGAACCUCUUGCUGGCCUGCUACCCUCCACCCAAACCCUUACGCCUUAACCUGGACGAGGCCACGGAGAGCCCCGAGUGGACCAGGGCCCACAUGAGCCACAGUGCCUCAGAGAGGAGGAAGAAGUGCAGCUCCUUGCCCCUGCUGGACAGCGAGGAGGGUGAGGGGAAUGGGGAGAUGGAGGGCAGUGUUAGCCCCAGCCACAGGGUCAUGGUCAGCAGCCCCAGUCCUGGCCGGGGCAGCCUGAGUUCUGGCCGGGAUGGAGACUCCACUCAGACCUGCUCUGAGGACACGCAGCAGCUGGAUGAGGUGGACAACAGCUUCUCCUUCAGCCUGGACCUGGGCCCAUCCAUCCUGGACGACGUGCUGCAGGUCAUGGACAGGCUCCACUAUUAGAGGAACAGCCAGACUGACAUGGGUCCUCAGCAAGAGACUUUACUAACAUCAUCAUUGUGACUGGCAUUAGAACACUCCAAACUGUCAUUAGAUGAUGAACGGCUGACAUAAAAUAGAGUACGGUUACAUGCACACAAUAAUAUGAUUAUUGUGAAUAGUCAGAUUAAUAUAAUAGUUCAAAUAAACGUUUACAUGCUUUGCAAGAAGAACAAUUUCCCUAAUAAUCCUGUUGACAUAGACCCAUCUGAAAUCAGGCUAUUUGAUGGGCCUUUAAUAAACGCAGAAAAUCACCAAUCAAAAUAAACGUUCUACCACAGCGA